AUGGAAGAUGGUGGUAUAACGAACCGUAGUAUUGUGGCGUCUACCAGAAGCUUCGGCAACAAUCCGGAAAGGUUCGGACCUCAGCAAGCACGACUGAGAUGGUCUUUGGGAUAUCGAGCAGAUCCGGUUGAAGUUAAAGAGACUUCAUUUCAUUUCCUAAUGGUCAAAUUACCUCAAGAGAUGGUUAUUACUGGUAUUGCCACGCAAGGUUUGGGAAAAGAGUGGGUUACAAAGUAUGAACUGUUGUCAAGGCAACAUGAGACUAGUUUUGUCCGUUUCAGAGAGGUCAAUGGAACAGUAAAGGUAGGACAAUGAAAAGCACGUCUUAGGCUAAAAGAGAAAUCUCGUUAAUAACAGAAAAGUUAAGCGGCGGUGGAGGUUAAAGUGCUAAUGGUAGUGGUGGUGGAAGUAGUAAGUGGUAGUGGAAUUAGUUGUGGUAGUGGUGGAAGUAGUAGUAGUAGUAGUAGUAGUAGUAGUAGUAGUAGUAGUAGUAGUAGUAGUAGUAGUAGUAGUAGUAGUAGUAGUAGUAGUAGUAGUAGUAGUAGUAGUAGUAGUAGUAGUAGUAGUAGUAGUAGUAGUAGUAGUAGUAGUAGUAAGUAAUAAUAAUAAAUUGCUUUAUUUGCAUGACCGCAUUAUUUUUUACAGUAUUGCCGCAUCAUUUUACAUGUAUAUGACAAUCAAAAUAUAAAACAAAACAACGCUAAUAAUAAUCUAGAAAAAUUCGGUUACAUUACUAACAAUGAAUCACGUAUUUUCAUGCAGGAGGAAACAAACUUCAUAACUAACUUAUUUACAUGAUGUUCCUUCGAAUUCAUUAUCAGUUUUAUGCUUUCUGGAGAUGAUUUCUUGUCAAAGUCAGGUAUUAUUCGAUUGAUUUGAUUAAUAAAUGCCUGUCUCUGUACUGAGUAUUUGUUACAUUGAAAGAGGAAAUGAAUCUCAUCUUCUACCUGAUUUGAGUUACAUAAAGGACAUAAUCUAUUUUCUCUUGGCAAAUGAUCGAUUUGGUAUCGACCAUGUUCAAUCAUAAGUUUGUGAUUACUUAUUUUGAAUUUAACAAAAUUCUGUCGUUCGUCAUAAUGUCUUAGCUGGUAGAGAUAAUCAGAUGUAGAAUAUUCAUCUUUAAAAGUUUUAUAAAAUUCUAGUUUUUUUGAAUUUUCGAGGCUGUGCCGCCAAAAAGAUAGAUAUUUCUCUCUCAUUUCUGUGGUAUAUCGUCUAAUUUUAUCAUUAUCUAGAGAUUCAGCAUCUAAACUGGUUAGAUUGUAUUGUUCAAGCAUGUUUAUGAAAUUGGAAAAAUAUCCGGAAUUAUUCAUAGAAUGUAGAUUCUUUGACAUAAGGAAAGACUGUUUGACUAUAGAGUCAUUAUCUUUGUUGUUGAGGUAAACAAAAUAUUUCAUAAUUUUCUGAUUUAUCGGGAUAAGCAGCGGCAGUCUAUCAAGUUCAGCUCUGCAGGCUAGGCCUUAUUGUUAACCUCUAAGUAACGUUUACAGAAUUUGAGGUGGAUUUUUUCUAUUGGGUAGCUAUCCCAUUUUUUAAAAUCUUGCUUGGUAUACAUUCCCCAUACCUCGCUGUUGUAACUCAAGAUUGGGAAUACCAUGGUGUCAAAAAUUUGUGAUGCAGUAUUAGGAUUAAGUUUGUUAAGAAUUGUCCGCUUCCGAAUACUAGAAAACGCGUGAAGGGCCUUUUCUUUUAAGUAUUCGAGUGCAAGUGUAAAGUUUCCCGUUGGAGUUAAACGUGUACCUAAAUAAGUGUAUUCUUGGACAAUUUCAAUUGACUCACUGCCUAUGUUGAAUUUGAUGUCAAUAGAUUUUUUUGGGCGUUUCUGGAAUAUCAUAAUUUUUGUUUUCUUCGGAUUAAUUUUUAGCUUCCAUUUGUCACAAUACAAAGAAAGCGCAUUUAAACAGUUCUGUAAUCCAGUUUUCGAUCUUGAUAGAAUAACUAAAUCAUCUGCGUACAAAAGUGAAUUUAUUUUUCUCCCAUUUGGGAGAACAAAAGGGUCAGAUAAGGUGUUUUCGAAUAAAAGUGGUAGAUUGUUUAAAUAGAGGUUAAAUAAAAGAGGACUUAAAAUACAGCCUUGACGUACACCUCUGGAAUAUGAAAAAGGCUGUGUUUUGUUUUCACCGAUUUUGAUGGAACAUGUCGAGUUGCAAUAAAGACUUUUCAUGAGGUUGUACAAGUUUCCUCCUAUAUUCGUUUUUAGCAGCUUAUAAAACAAUCCUUCGUGCCAAACAGAGUCAAACGCUUUGCGGAAAUCUACGAAACAAGCGUAGACUUUUUCCUUGUGAUAAUGCACAUAUUUAUCUAUUAGGGUCCUUAGAGUGAAAACAUGGUCUGCAGUGCGGUUUUCAGGCAAAAAGCCAAUUUGGGAAUUAUGUAAUAUCUUAUUUUCCUCAAAAUACAAGUGAAGUCUUCGAUUUAAAAUAGAACAGAACAAUUUUCCAAGGCAACUAGAAACACAUAUGCCUCUGUAAUUUGUUGGAUCACUCUUGUCACCAGAUUUGUAAAUUGGGGUUAUGAGGCCUUGACACCAAACAUCUGGCAUUUUUCCGGAUUGUAAAAUGAGGUUAAAAAGUUUGACAUAGACAGGCAUUAGUGGUUCGAGGCUUGCUUUGAUCAUUUCAUUUCGUAUUUUGUCAACAAAUGGUGAUUUCUUAUUUUUCAAUUUCUUCGCCGCUUGACGUAUUUCCCUCUCAGUUAUCUCAUAAUCGAGAUGGUUAAACUGUUCCUUUUCGUGUUCUAAAGAAUUUAGUUCUCUAUGGAUUUCAUGUUCAUGCGUGGAAUUCGUCGGGUCAAUAGAAUGCAGAGAUUUGAAAUGGUGAAGCCAUGAUUCUUCCGAGAUUGGGGCAGGAACAUUUUCGUUGAAAGUGUCGCUCAUCGAAUUUAAACAAUUCCAAAAUGACGCCUUGUCAGGAUUUAAAGCUAGUUCGUCGAGUUGUAAUGUUUUUUCUUUAUGGAAUCCUCUCUUCUUUGUGUCUAGGAGCUUUUUGUAAUCAUUCAAGGUUUUGUGAUAUCUUUCCCGCACUUCGGAGUUGAGGGGGUCACGGUGCUUUUCAUUUGAGACUUUUCGUAAUUCAUGCCUUUUCAAGCGACAUUCACAGUCGAACCAUUUCUUGUUGGAUGAUUUCUUAAUACGCUUAUAAGUUUUCUUAGCUUUAAUUUUUAGGCAUAGCUUGGAGCUCUCAGUUAGAAUUUUCAUAGCGUUUUCUAAGGAGAUAUUCACAUCUUCGGUGUUUCUCUCCAUAUAUUGUCUAAUUUGAAUUUGGAUUGGUUCCGUGCGCAGUGCGUUUUUGAAUUUUAAAUGUGAGUCAACUUCCCAGCAAAAUUGCCGUGGUAAUUUUGAUAAUCUAUUGCUACUAUUUAGAGUGUGCAUUUCGUCUCCAAUUAACCUGGUGUUAAGAUUGAGCCAUGCCACGAUGGCACUAUGAUCCGAUAAAUAAGAUGGCUGUUUAACUACAAAAUUUGCAACGUUGAGAAAUGUACACUGAUCACAUAUCAGAUAAUCAAUAACGCUCGUUCCGUUUUUUCCAUGAAAAGUGGGUCUGCCUAGGGUAUCUCCAUUAACUCUGCCAUUAACUAUUCUUAGGUCAAAGGUUUUACAAAUUUCCAACAGCCGUUUCCCAUGGCUAUUUAAAACAUUAUCAAAACUGUUUCUUUGAGUUGGCUGGAAAGCAGAUUCCGACUGAUCAUCACUAAUUCUACUGUUUCCCUCCUUUGAGACAGUAUCAGAGUAUUUCCCGGUUCUCGAGUUAAAGUCACCCAUGAGAAUUAUUGAUCCUUUCGAAGAAAAACGUACUAUGUCUUGUUCUAGCUGAUCAAAAAUUUCGUUAUCGAAGUAUUUUGAGUUACAGGGGGGUAUAUAGACACCACAGACGUAAAUAUUCUUCACUGAAUUUAGAAAACGAUUCUCAAUUUUAAACCAAAUAAAAUGCUGAGUUGUUUUAGUGAUGGAAAUGUUUUUAUGGAAUUUGUUCUUAUAAAAUAAAGCGAUUCCUCCGGAGUUACGCCCACCUCUCCCCGACUGAUUUGGUGUGGGACAUUGAAAAAAAGAUUUGUAUCCCGCAAUUUCCAGAUUAGAGCAGUUGCCAAUUUCUGUUAACAAUAUAAAAUCGGAGUUAUUAAUAACACUCACAAAAUCAGUAUUAUCUGACUUAUUUCCAAGAUAUUUCGAAGAAAGGCCAUUAAUAUUCCAAGCGCAAAAGGACAAUAUGCUUGAAAUAUCGGGACUAUCUUCGGUGUCCGUGAUUGUAUAGAAAAUAAUAAAUGGAUUACUCUUUAUACUGGUAUAAAGUUUAUCAUUAAUACUUAAUUCAGUGUCAAGGGUAAGAUGAAAUUGUUCAUACAAAUGAUUUUAUAAAACGAAGAAAGGAUAUGAUUUCCUGAGGCAUUGCUGAAUCCGUUAAUUUGUUGUAGGGGCGAGUUUCUUCACCUGCGGUUUCCAUUUUAGCGGCCUGUGGAAACGUUUGAUGCGGUGUUUUGGAGUAUUGAUGCGAUAUAGUUGGUGGCGGAGCUGGGAGUAUCUGGUCCGGCAGGGUUUGCAUAGGAAGCUGGAAUGCUUUAUUUGAGGCAUUUGGUUCAUGAUGUAGUGAAUUUUGCAAUGGUGUUGGAGGUAUUCGUUGUGGAAGUUGUGGUGUGACAAAUGGUAACGGCGGAGGUUGAGUUUGAAGAAGGUGAGGCCAACUAGGCACUUGAGGUGGUGUGUUCUUUACGGCAUUGCUGUAUGAUGUGUGAUGUAAUAGUGGCUUGGGACCUUGGGAAGAAGUCGGUUGAGUUUGUGAGGAUCUUUGUCUUUGGGCUGGCAUUGUAUUAGAAGGAACUGUAGGUUUUGGUCUGGCACGACCGCGAAUUGCGUCCUUAAGGUUUUUGGCGAAAAAUUUUACGUACCGUUUAAGAAUAUGUUUCUGAUCGUAAAGAAUAGUAGUAGUAGUAGUAGUAGUAGUAGUAGUAGUAGUAGUAGUAGUAGUAGUAGUAGUAGUAGUAGUAGUAGUAGUAGUAGUAGUAGUAGUAGUAGUAGUAGUAGUAGUAGUAGUAGUAGUAGUAGUAGUAGUAGUAGUAGUAGUAGUAGUAGUAGUAGUAGUAGUAGUAGUAGGAAAAUGACGUUAUACUGCAAAGCCAAGGUGUAUUCAAAAGCUAACGGUAACGUGACCACUUUUGCUCAAGGAUAAAGGAAAUGUGGUGGUAUUGGCGUAAAACGCAUAAGUGUUAGUUGUCGUAAAGGAUAAAUAAAUAGGAUAAAUAUAUAGUUUUUAUAACACGCUGUUAAUUUUUGAUAUUUCCUUAGAAAUUUGAAGGCAAUACUGACGGGGACAAAAUAAAGUACAACCCAGUUCCGAUCCCGAAAAAGGCAUCCGAGGUUCUUUUUGUUCCAACAGAAUGGCACGGAAACAUCGCUUUGCGGUUUGAACUUUAUGGCUGUAGCAAAGGUAAG